GUGUUAUUUGGGAAGAUCUGGGUUAAAAAUGCAUUCUUCACAGCCGACAGGUCCAGGCAGCUCCAUUUCCAAAAGCAACAGAACAGCGUGCAUCUUCGACAGGAAGGACGGCUGGCAAAAGAGUCCCCAGCAGACGUGUCAAAAGCAGACCUAGACGGCCAGCAGUACUUCGCGACAAGGAAAGUGCCCACGCGUGUGUAGAGAAGAAGAGAGAAAUUUUUCUGGUGCAGAUGGCGGUUGAAACGCGGAAAGCAGAGAUUCUGAAGUUGCACGGGAAAGUGGCGCGGAGAGAAGAAGCCCUGCGAGCGGCAGAUCAACAGCUGACAAAAGAAAUGCAAAAAUUCGACGAGUUUCUGCGAGCCACAGACCAGCGAGCACACAUGGCGAUGAAGGAGGCAGACGAAGUAGGCCGCAUCAAGAUGGAAAAGCAGCAAACCAUCAGGGAACUUCAUGAGCGCCUCAGUGCCUUAAACGCAAGAAUAAGCAAAUACGAAGAAAUUGUUCAGGAAGGAAAGAUGUAUAAGAGUUUUUUGGACAAGCUGUCACCGCCAGCAUGGAUUGAGGAGCAGGAAAAGAAAAAGCAAGAACGUAUCGCGAUCAAGAGAAAGGAGUGGGCAGAGAAGCAACUGAAGCUUCAGCAAGAGAGGAUACAGAAAGAGGUGAAGGACAUCGACUCUGAGACAUUCGAAAAGAUCAGUGAGCUGGAGGAAAAAAAGCGAAAGGCAGGCAAGUCUUUCGACGAGGACGGCGAAGACGAUGACGGGGAGCUUCCAAUGUACUUCACGGAACCUGGACAGCUGCUCGAGCUGUUUCGCCAACUUGAAGAACAAAACCUGUUUCUAAUUCAGAACGCUCAAGAAAACGAAGCCGCUCUAGAAGACGUUCUCGGGAAGUUUGAAGAGACAAAACAACAAAUGGAAAAACGAACCGGGGCCCUUGACUCACUGAUCAGGCAGCUGCAAGAUCAAGUCAAGACACAACAGCAAAUCUGCGGCAACCUGCAAACGACGCUUCAGAAGAAGAAGAGUGAACGAGAAGAGAAGAUGAUUUUCCAGCAGCUCACAAAUAAGAUCGGAGAGGUCCAUGCAAUUUGUGGCUACGAAGGCGAUGAUGCCAAUGAUGCGAUUCGCAAGCUCGAGCAGAUCGAAGCGAAGAUGGAAGAGUACCUGGCGAUCUUGGAUAGAUAUGAAGGCUUCCUUGAAGCGGUCACAAGAGCCCACACAGCAGCGACAAGGAAAGCAGAUAAUGUUUAGAUCUGCGCCAGUGCGUCAUCAGCAAGAUACAUCCCAGGCGACCGCUGAUGAUUCGCAGGCAGAGCUGGAAUACCGACUAUUCUUCUGUUAGGUUCGACUGCUCAGCAGGUAUAGUUCAUACGAGCCUUCAAGCAACCAACAAGGUGGUGUUGACUCUACGAUUUUCAGGGAAUCGUUCGCGAGGACAAGAUUUUCGCAGGGUUGCGAGAGAGAAGAUUGACAGUACGAUGAUUUCUUUCGGUUUCUCGGGACGACGGUCUCUUGGAUGGAUAAGAUGCCUGUGAACCAUUUGCUUGAGGGAGCCGUGUUGCUAGACGUGGGAGAGUAUCAGUUCGUAGUGAUCCCCUGGUGUGCUUGCAGAGUGUCAUUCCGUUUUGUAGUGUCUCGCUGAAACUCAGUCCCAUGAAAACGCCAGCUGUCUUUCCAUGUUGCGCAGAACAAACAACUAGGUGAGGAAGGCCACGAAGAUGCCUAACUAUCGC